UGUUUUUUUUAUUGUCCGGUUGUCGUCGAUUUUCGUUUUCACCGUUCGAUUCUCCGCGUGGCCGACGGACGCGCAGUGAAAUGCGCCAAGUCCAUUUCCACACGGCGAUGCAAGUGAAAGGUAAAAUCGCACUCCCGAUUCUUCAGUAGUCCCUGUAUCGCACUGCCAUUGUAAUUUCGCGUUCGAGCACCAAGAAAUCAUCGACUCCCGUUCCUGUGACCAUGGCUAUCAAACGCUACAGGAGAUCGACUAGAGCGGAAAGUGGCCGUCGAUUCGGAUCUUGCGUCGAGAAGAGACCGUGCGGGUAUGAAGCGGCUUGUCGGCAAUUGAGCAACAAUUAUUAUUUGUGCAUAUGUCCACAAGAUUUGAGUGAACCCACCGAAGACUUGAAAUGUCUCACGAGAAAGACAGUGCCGGUGGCUCCGAAAUCGUUUGUAAACUUGAGCAUCAACAAAAACGAGCAUAAACCAUUAGAAACAAUGUUUCAUCCGUACACGACCACCAGUCAUCCAUUCAAGACCACGACGAACUUUACGACACCGUAUUCUCCCGCCAGGGAGUCGGACGUCGGCGUAAUGGGUUAUAAUUUUAAAACGGACAAGGUAAUGUUAACGACAGUGCCGAUAUCAGGGCUCGUGUUGUUGGUGUUGGCAAUAUGCGUUUGGUGGACUCGUAAGUGGAAACGCUGUUGCAAGAAGAAGAGAGUCGUCAACCACUCACCUGUGGUGUCCCUGGUAAGAGGAGUGAUCCAGGAGGACAGUUACACGAUGAACCCGCAAUACGCCGCGCCCUCGCCCGUUGCUCAAGACACUAUUCUCAUACCGUAUCUGAGUAAGACCUGUAUAUCGUCGAUGGUGGAGAUCGGACAAGGAUUUUUCGGGAAAGUGUACAAAGGGGUCCUCCAACAAACCGACGGCAAGUACGAAACGGUCGCCAUAAAAGUGCUGAAGGAUCACACCAACUUGGAGGCCAAAGAAGACUUUAUGAGGGAAGUAGAGAUAAUGACAUACUUCAGGCAUCCAAAUAUCUUGACACUGAUCGGAGUCUGUCCUCAAGAAGACAAAUGUUCACCGUGGAUGGUAUUCGAGUUCAUGGCGUAUGGAGAUUUAACUGAAGUAUUGAGAAACAGCAGUGACCAAUUUUCAAAUUAUUCUGAACAUUUGCCAGUUUUGGAUAAAGAAGCGUUGUUGGUGAUAUCCUUACAAAUAUCGGCGGGCAUGAAGUACUUGGCGAGUCAACGGUUCGUCCACAGAGACUUGGCGUGUAGAAAUUGUUUAGUCGGCAGCGAUCUGACUGUGAAAAUCGCCGAUUUUGGAAUGAGCCGGGACAUUUACACCUGCGACUAUUACAAAGUCGGAGGAUCCCGAUUGCUUCCCGUGAGGUGGAUGUCACCAGAGAGCGUUGUUUAUGGGAAAUUCACGUUGGAAUCAGACGUGUGGUCAUUCGGUGUCGUGUUGUGGGAAAUCUAUUCACUGGGAAAACAGCCGUAUUACGGUUAUUCGAAUGACGAGGUUUUAAAGCUGAUUCACGAUGGCGUGUUAUUGGACAUACCGCUGAACUGUCCUCCGGUUAUAUGCGUGUUGAUGAACGGAUGCUGGAAAAGUGACCCCAAAGAACGUUUGAGAUUCAUCGACAUACACGAGCGUUUGAAAAACGUCACCAAACGUCCAGAACUGGACAGUCCGUUGCCCAGGCCACCCACCUUGCCGGUGAUCGUUGAUCAUUUGAGCUUGAGAAAAAUGCCUUCCGAAGAACUUUUGGACGUCGACGAUUACCUGCAGCCCGACGAACAACGCGUCCCUGUAGAUUACAUUAUGCCAUAUCCUGCAUAAACUUUGAAUUGUUCCUUUUGCUAUAAUAAUAUUACAUUAUAUUAUUACGCAAGUCGCUAAUACUCAAUAAGUAUAAGAUUUCGAUAAAGUAAGUUUUAGAUAUAUAUACAUUGGUUAUAC